GGCAGACUAGCGCGGCAGCUACUGAGAGACCCUGGUGUUCCACGCGGUCUGUCUUGUUUAGCUGACUCGCUGCUCUCGCCGCUACACCAUGGAUUCCCUGAAGCAAGUGAUCAACUUCGGGCCCGGGCCCGCCAAACUGCCGCACUCGGUAUUGUUAGAGAUUCAAAAAGAAUUAUUAGACUACAAAGGAGUUGGCAUUAGUGUUCUUGAAAUGAGUCACAGGUCAUCAGAUUUUGCCAAAAUUAUUAACAACGCAGAGAAUCUUGUGCGGGAGUUGUUAGCCGUUCCAGAAAACUACAAGGUGAUUUUUGUGCAAGGAGGUGGGUGUGGCCAGUUCAGUGCUGUCCCCUUAAAUCUGAUUGGCCUGAAAGCAGGAAAGUGUGCCGAUUAUGUAGUGACUGGAUCUUGGUCAGCAAAGGCUGCAGAGGAAGCCAAGAAAUUUGGGACUGUGAACAUUGUCCAUCCUAAACUUGGGAGUUAUACAAAAAUUCCAGAUCCAAGCACCUGGAACCUCAAUCCAGAUGCUUCCUAUGUGUAUUACUGUGCAAACGAGACCGUGCAUGGUGUGGAGUUUAAUUUUAUUCCUGAUGUCAAGGGAGCAGUACUGGUUUGUGACAUGUCCUCAAACUUCUUAUCCAAGCCAGUGGAUGUUUCCAAGUUUGGUGUCAUUUUUGCUGGUGCCCAGAAGAACAUUGGCAGUGCUGGAGUCACAGUAGUGAUCGUCCGGGAUGACCUGCUGGGCUUUGCCCUUAGAGAGUGCCCCUCCAUCCUGGACUACAAAGUGCAGGCUGAAAACAAGUCGCUGUACAACACGCCUCCAUGUUUCAGCAUUUAUGUUAUGGGCUUGGUCCUGGAGUGGAUUAAGAACAAUGGUGGGACAGCAGCUAUGGAAAAACUCAGCUCCAUCAAAUCUCAGAAGAUUUAUGAGAUUAUUGAUAAUUCUCAAGGAUUCUAUGUAUGCCCAGUGGAGCCCCAAAAUAGAAGCAAGAUGAAUAUUCCAUUCCGCAUUGGCAAUGCCAAAGGAGACAGUGAUUUAGAGAAAAGAUUUCUUGAUAAAGCACUUGAACUCAAUAUGAUUUCCUUGAAAGGUCAUAGGUCAGUGGGAGGCAUUCGGGUCUCUCUGUACAAUGCUGUCACCACUGAAGAUGUUGAAACGCUGGCCACCUUCAUGAAAAAUUUUUUGGAGAUGCAUCAGCUAUGAAUGAGGCCUAACCAGUAUAUUCUCUGCUUUUAUACAGUAUAUACAAAGGUUAAAGUAACUUGAGAAUGGCUUCAAAAACUUAACAGACAGGUUAAGUUUUUUUCAGAUAAACAUGCUUAUUAUAGAUUCCGUUUUCAAAGAACAACAGCAAAACAUCCACAGCUCUGCAGAGUUGAUGGGACCACCUGCUAAUAGUCACCUCAAUUCUGACUCAAACUGGAAGCAUUUAAAAAAAUCUUCCUGUUGCUUUUCUAAUGAAUUCCAGCCUAUUUUGUCUUUGCUGCUAUUUUUUCUAGCUAGAUCUCAGUAUUUGAACUUGCUUGGACUUAAUUAUACCAGUUGCAAUUAGUAAUGGAGGGUGGGAGGGUCUUCCGGGUACAGAAUCUGGGAGUAGUGGGGUCUCCUGGGUUCUGCAGCUAUUGAUUAACCCAUUAGGUCCCAAGUUUUCAAUUCUGAAAAUGUCAAUGAAAUUGACACAGGUGCAUUAAAUUAGGCUGGAAAUCCUAAUCCUAAUCUAGAGCUUAUUAUAUAACUUAUUAUCAUUAAAAUAUAAUGAUAUCAUUAAUAAUAUAAGUACUAUCACUAAUCAUUCACCUAUUACUUUUCUCAAAAAACUCUAAAAACAUAAAUGUUUCAAAAUGAUCAGAAGUGGUACAUUUGUUGCUCAAUUUAAGUUUUUUAGGUGUUUCAUAAAUGAGAUGAUGGGACAUAAUGGGUUAAGGUUAACAUUGAUUAUUUGGUGACCAUUUGGAGGGCCAGGCAAAAGGGCAAACUGCAGGUCUUUCUUUAUACUGUUAUUCUCUUGAAGAGAUAAAAGUGACUUACUAUAUAAAUAGUUCAUAUAGUAGGGUCUGUUUUUAAUACCACAUCAUUUAUAUCUCUGUGCAUUUGUAUUUCUGAUGAAAUGGUUCUCAGUGAUUUAUAGAAGCUUAGAAUUUGUUAAAUUCCUGACCUUGUGCAUUACAGCACUGAAUUAAGAACAGUUGUACCCCGCUCUUCAGCCCUUUCCCUUUUGAAGCUGCUCCGUGGAAAGAAUUCUAGAAGUUUCCACAAUUCACUUUGACUUUCCUUUCAGUAGGUGAAAGAAAUGGUUGCAUUUCGUUUUCCAUUUAUGCCAUUAAACUCAAAAUCUGUUAGACUCCCUUA